GGAACAUAUAUUAGAUGACAGAAAGUUUCAAAAAUAUACACAGCCGGCUUGUUUACAUUUGAACACUUCAAUCAAGGAAUCAAAGAAAAGGAUAAAUCCUCUUCAAAAAGCAUCACACAAAAACACUCUCAUGUGAUAUCACAUAUUCCAGAACCUGAAAAACAAAGUAUUGAAAAAACCAUGACAACUUUUCUCCUUGUUUCUCUCCUCUUACUCAUCCCAAUUCUCUUUCUGCUGAAAAGAACCAAACAAUCCAAAAGGGUCCCUCCAGGUUCACUUGGAAUACCAAUCAUUGGUCAAAGUCUUGGACUUUUAAGAGCUAUGCGUUCAAACACUGCAGAAAAAUUUAUUGAAAACAGAAUCAACAAGUAUGGUCCUAUUUCAAAGCUAAGUCUCUUUGGAACACCAACUGUGUUGAUUCAUGGACAGGCUGCAAAUAAGUUUAUAUUUGCUAAUGGUGGUGAUAAUAUUGUUAAUCAGCAAACAAAGUCUAUUAGGAUGAUCUUAGGUGAUAGGAAUUUGAUGGAACUGAGUGGCAAAGAUCAUAGUAGAGUUAGAGGUGCACUUGUAUCAUUCUUGAAGCCAGAAUCUUUGAAACAAUAUGUUGGAAAAAUUGAUGAUGAAGUUAGGAGACACCUUCAAAUGCAUUGGGAAGGGAAACAACAGGUCAAGGUAUUGCCCCUAAUGAAGAUUCUCACAUUCAACAUAAUUUGUUCCCUACUAUUUGGUCUUGAGAGUGGAAAACAAAGAGAUCAAUUCCUGAGUUCCUUUCAAGCAAUGAUUGCAGGAAUGUGGUCAGUCCCGAUUAAUGCGCCCUUCACACGCUACAACCGCAGCCUCAGGGCAAGUGCAAGGAUCCAAAACAUGUUAAAGGAGAUUGUGCAGCAGAAGAAAGUUGAACGCGAGACAAAUGGCGCCAGUUCCCGCCAAGACUUAAUCAGUUGCUUGCUUAGUAUGGUUGAAGAUGGCAAACAAGUUUUAACUGAGAAGGAAAUAAUCCAUAAUGCUACGCUUGUCAUGGUCGCAGGACAUGAUACAUCAUCUGUUCUAAUCACUUUCAUUAUCCGGCUCUUGGCUAAUGAACCAUCUAUUUAUGCAGCUGUUCUUCAAGAACAGGAAGAGAUAGCAAAAGGCAAGAUCUUAGGAGAGCCUCUAACAUGGGAAGACCUUUCAAAGAUGAAGUACACUUGGAGAGUAGCAAUGGAAACUCUUAGAAGGUUUCCUCCCAUCUUUGGUGGGUUCAGAAAAGCAGCAACAGACAUUGAAUAUAAUGGAUAUAUUAUACCAAAAGGGUGGCAGAUUUUUUGGGUUACAUCAAUGACUCACAUGGACAACAGCAUUUUCCCAGAACCAUCAAAGUUUGAUCCAAGUAGAUUUGAAAACCAAGCAUCUAUACCACCCUAUUGCUUUGUUCCAUUUGGAGGUGGAGCGAGAAUAUGUCCAGGAUAUGAGUUUGCUAAAGUUGAAAUUCUUGUGGCAAUUCAUUACCUUGUGACAAAGUUCAGUUGGAAGCUACUUUCAGACAAUUUCUUCAGCAGGGAUCCAAUGCCAAUACCAACUCAAGGCCUACUGAUUGAGCUUUGCUCAAGAAAACUAUCUUAGCUCUCAUUCAACUACUGCUGGUCCCCAUAAUAAGAUUUUUACUAGAAUAAUUUUGUUAUGUAGAUUAGUGUAUAUUUGUAUUAGCUUAUUUUGUGUUCAACUUCAGGAUAAAGUUUAUGAUUAAAACUUAUGAGGAGGACUUGUUGUAAGGGAACAAUAAAGCAAACUCAAACAUGAACUAAAAUUACAUAUAUCUUUUUCAAUAUC